AUGUCAACUGCUGCAGUAAUUGAGGUUAUGAUCAUAGUUGUGGUGAUUUUGGUGAAGAUAGGUAUUUUGAUCUGUGUGUGCAGAAAAAGAAAUCAGAAGAAUGAUAGAUCAGUAUUUUCUGGUCCAAAAUUUCUGACUCUGACUAUAAAUAAAUUUCUUAACGACAUGGAAAGGGAGAAGCCAAUCAGAUUCACUGAUCAACAACUAAGGAUUGCAACUGAUAACUACUCUAACUUGUUGGGGUCAGGAGGUUUUGGAACAGUUUAUAAGGGAAUUUUCAGUAAUGGGACUAUUGUUGCAGUGAAGGUUCUGCGAGGGGCUUCAGACAAGAAAAUCGAGGAGCAGUUUAUGGCAGAAGUGGGAACGAUUGGCAGAAUUCAUCAUUUCAAUCUUGUUAGACUCUAUGGAUUUUGCUUUGAAAAAAACCUGAUAGCACUGGUGUAUGAGUACAUGGGUAAUGGCUCUCUUGAUAGGUAUUUGUUCCACGAAAAGAAGACCUUAGGAUAUGAAAAGCUUCAUGAGAUUGCAGUGGGAACAGCUAGAGGCAUUGCUUAUUUGCAUGAGGAGUGCCAACACAGAAUAAUCCAUUACGACAUAAAACCAGGAAAUAUUCUCUUGGAUAGGAAUUUCAAUCCUAAAGUUGCUGAUUUUGGUUUAGCCAAACUCUCCAACAGGGACAAUACUCAUAUAACCAUGACUGGAGGCAGAGGAACUCCAGGUUAUGCUGCACCUGAGCUUUGGAUGCCCUUUCCCAUAACUCACAAGUGUGAUGUUUAUAGUUUUGGCAUGCUGCUGUUUGAAAUCAUAGGCAGAAGAAGAAACAUUGAUAUUAAACUUGCUGAAAGCCAAGAGUGGUUUCCAAUAUGGGUUUGGGAAAAAUUUGAUACUGGACAAUUGGGGGAGUUGAUGACAGCCUGUGGGAUAGAGGAGAAAGAUAAGAAGAUUGCAGAAAGAAUGAUUAAGAUAGCUUUGUGGUGUGUUCAGUAUAGGCCAGAAAUAAGGCCAAUAAUGAGUGUUGUGGUGAAAAUGCUGGAAGGUUCAGUGGAAGUUCCAGAACCUGACAACCCUUUUCAGCACUUCAUGGGUGGGAUUACCAUUGCUCAUCCAGUUCCAAUAUCACAGACCUAUAACACAGCAAGUAUUUCAUCUGGUUCUUCUGUUAUGGUAACAAGCUCCAGCAUUGUAUGUGCUACUCCUAUUAUGAGAAAUUUUGUUGGUGUGGUUCGUGAUUCUCUGCCUGUUUUGUUUUUGUAAAGCUCCCAAAAGAGAAACUGAUGGAUUGUUGGAAAUGAAUUUUGUCCACAUUGAGAAUAUUUUGAGGAACAUGGAAAGAGAAAAGCCAAUCAGGUUUACUGGUGAGCUGCUAAGGGUUGCAA